AUGCAUUCCUGGCUUUGUGGCCCCACGGAUGGGCAUGGAGGUGUGCGAGAGGUGCCAUCCAGGAAGUUAUAUGCCUUUCACACGGGGCUCACCUGCUUCCCCUGCGAGGGCAACCAGAUCACAAGAGAGAGCGGAGCGAUUUCCGAGUCCGAGUGCAUAUGUGGCGAAGGCACCUUUCUGUGCAAUCAGCGCUGUGAGACCUGUCCAGCAGGCUUGUAUUGCCCCGCGGGUCUCGGCCCUCCACUGCAGCAGGCUGGCUUCUGGGCAGAUGUGAACAUCUUCAAUCAUUCUCGCACAUGCGACGCGUCAGUCCUGCGCUGCCGCAGCCAUUUCGAGUGCCCUUUGGGCAAACUGAGCACCUGUGCAGACGGAAGAGAAGGCCCAGCGUGCAACAACUGCAAGCGCAACCAUUUUCCCGUGAGUGAUGGUGAGGCUGGAGUGUGCCUACCCUGUGAAAGCACAGAUUUCUUACCGGGGCUGGCUUUCUUCACUCUGCUUCCCUGUGGCUUGUUCGUCGUGACAGUCUUGAAAAUGGAGCCAAGUCAAGUCAGCUUCAACUUGCUGACUGCGGCUUCGGUGGCAAGUCAGAUGAUCGUCGCAGCUCAGACCCUUGGUUCCAUGCGGCAGCUGUCUUUGGCCUGGCAGCAUCCUGUGAAGCGACUCCUUGAGUUCACAAACUUUCUCGCCCUGGACCUGGACUUCGUCCGCAUCACUUGCAUAUACGGGACAGACCGCCCGGUCGUCAAGUUUCUCAGUCGAUUGACUUUUUGCCCAGCUGCCUGCGCGUUGAUUCUGGUCACCUGGCUAGUUGCGAGGCUCUGCUUCCGCCCGAAGCCCAUCGACACCACUCUGAACCAGUGCGGACUGUUCCUUUUUGCAUUUUUCCUUCCUGUAACGCUGACAACCUUGAGUCCUUUUCAGUGCACACCGAAUCCGAACGGAACUGCCUCGCUUUUGUCAGAUCCGGGUAUUGUUUGCUACGAAACAGAUGAGCAUGCCUUUCUGGUCGCGCUGGCAAUGGUGGGACUUGUGACUCAGCCUUUGCCAAUUCUGGUGGGAGCUGCCUAUAUCACUUUCAUGUACCCAUCGCGGGUUGCAAGCGGCAGGGGCCUUCGUAUGAUAAAUCGCUACCGAUUCCUGUUCCAUCGAUUUAAGCCAGAGCAGUACUACUACGGCCUUUUAGUCUUGUGCCGCAAUGGUGUUGUCGCAUUGUUGCCCAUUGUGACUGUCGACAUCCCCGAGUUGCAGGUCCCUGGGAUGGCUUUCAUACUGCUGGCUAGCCUUCUGUUGCAAGUCAGGACGUAUCCCUGGCGAACGGAACAGGCAAAUCAUGUGGAUCUCCUUCUCACGAGCUUCUUGCUCAUGGUGCUCGUCGGUGCAGCCCCCUUGCUCAACCACGACCAGGAGCGAACCUACUCGGUCUUGGGCUGGCUACUGUGCAUUCCCGUUCUUGGGCUCGCGGUCGUCGGUGGGCUGGCUUUGCUUCGAACCCUUCUGGGCCAUCUCAACAAGAAGCUCCUCUUCGGCAUUUUCCUUUGCCAUCACAAAGGCGGUGCUGGCAGCCUCUGUCGACUCAUUAAGAUCCUUGUGGCCAGGCACAGUCAGGCACGUGUCUUUCUCGACUGCGAUCAACUUGAAAAUUUGGACCUGCUGUUUGACAUCGUUCGCACGUCGACUCGCAGUGUGGUCGUAGUGUUGACGCCGGAGGUCCUUAAGCGAGUUUGGUGCGCCGGGGAGAUAACAACAGCAUGGAAGAACAACAUCACGACUGCGCCGCUCCUUUGA